AUGUUUAAUAAUAUUUUACCAAAACACAAAUAAAAUAAAGAAUAAGAAUCUAAUAUGGGUUUCUUUGGAUAAGAUUGCAAGAUGUAAUAAACUAAGCAAAUUAAAAAAUUAAAAAUUGAUGUAAAGUGCAUGUUAAAUUAAGAAUAAUUAGUUAUGAAACCUAAUAAACUAGGUAAAUAAUGAAAAAAUUAAUAAUAGACUAAUAAAUACCAGAUGUAAAAGUUGAAUAUUCCUUUUAUGUUGAUUAAAAGUAAAAUAUUCAUAAUAAGAAAGAUAUUUGAAUGAGAUUCAAGUACUAUAAGACAAUUUCAAUACAUAAGAAAAUGUUGUGUAAAUCAUAGCAGUUUGUUCUCUAGGAAUUAAAAUACCAAAUGAUUAAGAUUUUCAUUUCUUUUUUGAAUGCUUUGAUUUACUUAAUCAGAAUUAAACAAAGUUUCGCUAAUUUAUUAAUAAUAAACCAUAAAAACAAUUGCAUAGAUUGUUAAUUUGUUCAAUUAUUAUGAAACUAUAAAAAAUGACUGAUAUUAUCAUAGGAUUAUAUGUGGAUUUAAAUCUUUAUGUCCUAAUGUAAUUGACUUUAAUUACAAUCUAAUAUGAAUGUAUGGAAUAUUCAUAAUACUUUUAUUCGUAUUUAUGUAUUUAAUUUCUAGUUUGUUAAUAUAAUAUUUUCAAUUCUAAGCUGGAGUAUAUUAAAAAUAGAUUACUGAUCCUUAUUUAUAGAAAUUAAUUAUGAAUGUUGCUUAAGUGCAAAUUUAGUAAAUUAAAGAAGAUGUUCUCUUAAUUACAUGGGGAUAAAAAUAAUUACAAAUAGGAACAUUAUUCUUUAAAAGUUUGUAUAAGAAGAUUGAGAAUCGUAAGAAACCCUUUUUGCAACCUUUAUAGAAAUAUUAAUUUUAUAAGACUUUUAGAAAAAGAACAACUACAUCUCCAAAUACUGAUUAUCCUCAUUAUUAUUAGUUAUUAGAUGAGGCAUAAGGAAAAUAGUAUUUAGUUGCUUAUUAAGAAUCACCUCAUAGUGAGAUAUUGAUUUUUGAAAAAGAUGUAAAAAUUGUAAUUAUAAUGUUGCAGUAAUUAUAAUAUAUCAAAUAUUCAGAAGAAUAUGUUGGAGUUAUAGAAAGAAAUUUCUGGGGAACUGUGUUUCAUAUUUAUGAUUAUGGGUAUCCAAAAGAAGCUGCUGGAAAGAUUCCUAAAUAUUUUGGAUAAGAAAGAAGAGAAUUAGCUGUCAUUUAAUAUUAAACUAAUAUUAUGGCAACAUAACCAAGGUAAUUAUAAGUAUAUAAAUUAGAAAAUUUACUGCAAGUAUGUUAAAUCUAAUUGAUAAUUAAAUUGUACAAUUAGCAUAGAUGGACCCUGUUUAUAAUGAAGAGAAGGAAUGUUAUUAAUUAAAUUUCUUUGGAAGAGCAAAAAGAGCAUCAGCCAGAAAUUUUGAGAUUAUUGAUCCUCAAGAUUAGAAUAUUAUUUAUUUAUUACAUGGGAAGGUAUAAUGUUGAUCAUUAUAAAUAAUAAAGUGGGAGAAGAACCUAUUUAAUGUAGAUUACAGAUUUCCAAUGAGUAUGCUCUAAGCAUUUUGUUUUUCUUUGAGCUCUAUCAGUAAGAAAUUCUUGGUUUAAUGA